AUGACUGCACUGAUGGAGCCUUCAAUGGCGAGUGCUCCAUUUUUGGAAGCGCCAUUGGACCCGACGCCAAUAUUGAAGAACCCUGCACCACAAUAUUUGAAUCCCUUCGACGUUUCACGGAGCGGUCACUAUUCAUCAAUCCCAAAAUUCCAAGAAGAAAAAUCACGAAUCGAGACAAAUCUACGACCGACUCGCUCGUAUAAGCCUCAAAAACAACCCUGCAGAAGACCCUCCAAGUCAACAGCCUAUAUCUCACGCGAAAACCUGAGUCCCGACCGAGUGAAGCACCUCGAACGGAACCGUGCUGCAGCGAACAAAUGUCGUCUGAAGAAAAAGCAAGAGCACAAAGAAAUCCAAAACCAUCUUGAUGCUGAGACCGCUAAGCGGAAAACAUUGCUGGCGGAAAUCGGCGUGCUGAAAGAAGAGGUCUGGCAGCUCAAAAAUCAGAUGCUGCAACAUGCUGCAAGCUGCGACGAUCAAGAUAUCUACCAACAGCUGGCACAAAUGACGCGGAGUAAGAGUGUUACGAGUCAAGCUGCAAUCCACUGCCCAUCACCGUCGUUUUCGGUUAGCACAAUGUCUGAUGGAUCGAUGGAGAGCGAAGGAAGUCGGAACGAGCCGAGCUCGUUUACAAACCCCCCAUUCAUCGCACCUCCAGAAAACUCUGAGAACCUAAUUGAUAGCUUUAUCAACUUUCCUAACGUCUGA